GGCAAGAAAUCUUUUUUGUCAUGGCGGGACGCUAAGGCGCACAUGUCUUCCCAGAAGAACGGUUCAUUAUUUUCAUCCACCAAGUGCAAUUGAUAACCAAUCAACAAACAUGGCUUCACCUACACCCUCACAGAGUGACACGACGACCACUGCGUCGACCACAUCAAACUCCUCAGACAGCGAGAUGGGCGAGACAACAGGGCCCAAUACUCGAUGCUCCAUUUGUCAUGAAACAUUUACGAUCCCUAAGGUGCUAAGCUGCUUCCACACAUUCUGUCAGCCCUGUCUGGAGAAACAACAGGAGGUCGCCGACAAGGUUAGCUGCUCAGAGUGUCACCAGGACACUUUUCUUGGUGGUCAGGGGCUGACUGGUCUCCUGCCAGACUACGCAGUCAGCAAUUUGUUAGAAACAAAUGCUCUGGACACAAGUGCCUUACACUGCACAGGUUGCAAGAGCAAGGACCUCAACGCAGUGGCCCGCUGUUUUGACUGUGCAAAUUUCCUUUGUGCUAACUGUGUGAUGGCUCACCAGUUUAUGCAUUGUUUUGAAGGCCACAGAGUGGCAAGUCUGAGCGAGCUGCAGGGAAAUAAGGAGGACAGCGGCAACAAGACUGAGAAACCCAUCUACUGUCCACGUCACAAGACAGACGUACUUAAGUUUUACUGCAAGACGUGUUCCCAGCCUAUCUGUAAGGAGUGCACAGUUUUUGACCAUGGCCGUGGGCACGACUGCCAAUUCAUUAUGGACAUUGGAGAGAGACAGAUGGAUCAACUGAGAAACCUUGAUGAAGAUGCUAAGGGCAAAAUCAAUGAGCUGCGUACAUCCGCCAAGGGAAUCGAGCACAUGUCCAGCAGACUGCAAGUACAGUACCACAAGGCACAGAAUGAUAUAAAUGAUACUUACAACUUCUAUCGCGCAAUGAUCGAAGAGCGCAAACAAGAAUGUCUGAAGGAGCUCGACCAGGUGUUCAAUACCAAACAAGUGUCCAUAAGUACUCUAGCCCAGAAGAUCCAAGAAAACAUUGACAGACUCUACCAGGGAUGUGAAUUUGUUGAUAAAGUCCUCAAAUUCGCCAGCAUCACUGAAGCCUUGCUGUUCAAAAAUCUGGUAGAGCAGAGAUUCCAGAACAUGUUUAACUUCAGCCCUGACAUGGACAAUCAGGCCUACUUUGACAUGGAGUUUGUCUCCAAUUUCCAAGCCAUCACUACUGGUGUUCGCAACACCUUUGGAUACAUCCGUGAGGGUGAAGACAUGAUUGCUCCUGUUCAGAAACAACAGCCCAUUGCUCGACCAAAUGGCAUCGUCACCCAGACUCCAACUCUUACAAACGGCCACAUCUUUGAACCCCCACCACUGACCAAGAGUGAGUUUGGAUCAUCUAACAGUCUCAUAUUCCCACAGUCAGACACCAGUAUGUAUGAGAAAUGGUCUGUUGGUCUCGACAUCUUCCAGAAUGGUGUCGAUGUCUUCUCAACGAGCAGCGAUCCUCUCUUCGACCUGACAUCCAAGAUGAACCUGACAAGUCUGUAUCCACCAAAGUCCCAGAUUAAACGCCAGAAGAUGAUCUACCACUGCAAGUUUGGCGAGUUUGGUGUCAUGGAAGGUCAGUUCACGGAGCCCAGUGGUGUAUCUGUCAAUGCUCAAAACGACAUCAUUGUCGCAGACACCAACAACCAUCGCAUCCAGAUCUUUGACAAGGAGGGGCGAUUCAAAUUCCAAUUUGGUGAAUGUGGAAAGAGAGAUGGUCAACUGCUGUAUCCCAACAGAGUUGCUGUAGUCCAAUCAUCUGGUGACAUCAUCGUCACCGAGAGGAGCCCGACACACCAAAUCCAGAUCUACAACCAAUAUGGACAGUUUGUCCGAAAAUUUGGUGCCAAUAUUCUCCAGCACCCACGAGGAGUCACUGUCGAUAACAAGGGUCGCAUUGUUAUCGUUGAGUGCAAGGUGAUGCGAGUAAUCAUCUUUGACCAAUAUGGAAAUGUCUUGCACAAGUUUGGAUGCUCAAAACACUUGGAGUUCCCCAAUGGUGUGGUUGUUAACGAUAAGGAAGAGAUCUUCAUCAGUGACAACCGUGCACACUGUGUUAAAGUAUUCAACUACCAGGGAGUGUUCCUGCGACAGAUCGGUGGCGAAGGAAUCACUAACUACCCAAUCGGUGUCGGGAUCAACAGCCAGGGCGAUAUUCUUGUAGCAGACAAUCAUAACAACUUCAACCUGACCAUCUUCACUCAGGAGGGCCAGCUUAUCAAUGCCCUUGAGAGCAAGGUGAAGCACGCUCAAUGCUUUGACGUGGCCCUGAUGGAUGAUGGCUCUGUGGUCUUAGCCAGCAAGGACUACCGUCUCUACAUCUACAGGUAUUCACAGAUACCAGGUAUGGGCAUGUGACUAGACUGGGAGAUGGCACCAGACCCGGACCGAAGUCUGUUUCAGCAUUUAGUGAGUACCAACCAACCUUGAACAAGAGUGGUUGUUGUUAUGGGACUGCCUGGUCAUUGGACAGAUUAUUGAACUGAUUCCAGGUCAUCAAAGAGUUUGGUUAGUUGGAGCAAGAAAUCCUAUUGAGGAUGGAAUAGAAGACUGCCCCGUUUUAUGGCUGCCAUAUAUAUUGUUUACAAUGUUAUGACCGAGAUGACAGAGUUGUCGGCUUUGGUUGAUAUAUGUGACGUUGAUUUCUAUGAUUGUAUGGCUGCUUCAGCAAGCAAGCAUUUUUGGAUGACUAUUAUUUGUUAUUGCGUGUGCUUGUCAACACGUAAAUCUGGAAUGUGAUUCCGCAGAAUUUACUCAGCAGUAACGACACUAGUCAGACAUUUUCUACCACAUGACGGCGUUCGUCAACAUGGAACAAAGUCUGGUCUUGAUCUGCCUGUUGUGUUGCUAUGACAACAGUUGUCAUAGCAUGCCAGAUUUUGGGGUCCUAAAUAAUAUAUUGUGUUACUACAUCAGCCCAGCAUUCUCAUUGGUGGGGAAUUGUUAUUUUUUAUUAUCCUUUAUUAUGUUGUUUCUGCAUGGCCAUCAUAUAAAACAUUUAAAAUCAGUAUUCACAUCACCCACAACACCUGAGAGAUUGCUGUGUUGAUGUGGCCACACAAAAUCCCUAUGGGAAAGGAAAAACGUAGUUUCUCCUUUUCUUUUUAUACUAAUUUAUUGCAAAAUAAAUGUAAAAAGUUAUUUUUUCUGCAAAAGAAAAACGUGAAAACCAAAGGGUCACCUGAUUGUAUCAUUAUCAACUGCUUAUAACAUGCUCUUUGCCUGAUCAAAAUAUCUAUUUUCUAGUUCUAUCUUGGCUAACUUUCUUCUCGGAACAUUCUAUACAAAAAAAUUCUUUCUAUUUUUGCAAAUGGCUAUACAAGUUUCCAACACUGGAGGUUUGUCUCCAGCAAUGGAGGAAUGGUUGAAGCCAUAAAUAGAAUCUUUCCAGGCCAGCAGACGACAGUUGGUGCACAGGCCCCUUCUGCUGUACAAAAUUAUGUGAUAGCCAUGUUGUGGCAUUGUUCCCUUAGUUACUGUUUCUCCAGAAUUUGACCAGAUUAUUUAAUUAUGCUUUGUAAAGGUUUUUCAGUGUUAUUUAAUUUGUAGUUUAGUAUAUAUAUAUAGUGUUGAAAUAUUCUCAUGUUGUCCUAGAUUUCUAUAUAUAGUUGUUUGGUUUGGUUAUAAUUGUUUUCCCGCCUUGUUUCAUAUUUGAACCCCCCUGAUUUUUGUUGUUGUUGUUUUUCCCCUUUUUUAUGAUAUUAUAAUUGGUUGCUGGUUUCACUGUUUCUGCCACAGUGAUAUGUUGCUGUCACGGCUACCUCAAGUUAUACUGUAUUUAUAUACAAGUAGAUCAAAACUUCAUAGCAGUCAAAACAAGUGGAAUAAUUCUUUUCAUUGAAAUGUUUAAUUUGUCAAAAAGUUUGUCAUCAGAAAAGAGUUGAAUUGAAAGACCACUAUUCUUUUGAAGCUUGUUGCCAAAACGAUGAAUUUACAUGCAUGUUCAAAAAAUCACCAGACAUGUCAUAUGUAGUGAAAAAGUUCUAGUAUGUUUUCUGUAGCAUUUUUAUCUCAUUAAUUUUGGGUGAUACCAAAAAGACAAAGGUUGUUGAAUAAUGAAUAUCAGAUGGAACUUGCUGACACUAACAGUAAUAUAUAUUAUAUAUAUAUAUAUAUAUAUAUAUAAAUGUAAUUUUGGUAAUAUUCUGGUCAGUGUUAAAAAUGUAUUGAAAUUUAUAAGUUAUGAUUGUGUUUAGCUUGAUGGCAUAAUAUUGUUUUUUUCUGUUUUAUUUAUAAAAACAACAGACAAUGGAGACAAGAGUUUAUGCCUGUGGAUUAGUGGGUUUUUUGCAUAUUUUAUUGUAGAAGCGAAACAGAAAAGUUCCGAAUAUAUUUCAUAUUCAAGUUUAUAAUGUGGUUUUUUUUUUGUGUACAGAGAUGUUGUGUUUUCACCAACUAAAGGUUAAGCUUUACUACACAGAAUCUGCUAGACGAUUUCAUGCAAGUUGUUUUUUCCGAGAGAUAUAUAUCGUGAUUUCGUAUUGUAUUUUUAUACUACCUGAGAUUUUUUUGUAUGUCUUUAUUAUCUGGUCACAAGGAGUUUGGUACUCGAUGUUCUAGGUGUUGUGUGCCACGUAGUAGUGUAAGUUAGUCCGAGACAAACCGGUAUGACGGCCAAAAUAAACCUCACCAAGUUUGUCUGUAUGGUGAGCCAUGCUCGUUGAUCCAUAUCUUUUUUGCUGGAGAAUGUGUUGUUGGCUGUCAACAAGGAUUUGCUCCAUUUAUAGACCAAAAUGUUUGUUCUGAUGAACAGAGAAACUUUAGAAGUUUUAUUAAUCAUUUGAUGAUGUUAUUUAGAUACGAACCUAUUCCUAUCUCUUCCAAUGCAUGAAGGUAACGCUGCAGGAUAUUGUUGUCAAGGUUUAUAUUCAAUGCCUCUUUAAGUCCAAAAGUGAACUUUUUUCAAAAUCAAAAUACAUGUUGAUUACUAGCAUUAUGAGUGUGUUAUUGUGUUGGCUGUUACCUAAAUGUAUUUUGAGUUAUUGUGUACAUUCUUGCAUAUUGAUAUGUUAUGAUUUCUAUGGGGAACUGUUGCACAAGGUGUCCUCUCUUGCCCAAAAUUACCGACAUGUCGCUUGUCCAACUUUAUGCUUUAUUUUAUCAGAGGUAUGUGGUUCACGGCCUCUGCCAAUAUCCACAAAUAGAAAAUUCCUCCAGUCACGAAUUAAGUGAUUACGGAUGAAACUAUUUGUUAUUAUCUUGUAGGGGCAAAAUGUCUUAUAAUGGGAAGACAAAAGAAAGCAGGACUGUAUUGGUUGAAAUUGAAGCACAAAAACUUAUUUACCACGAAAUUUCCUCAUAUGCAUAAAGAUAUUAUUAGUUUAAGUGAUCAUGAUGUGGAUUUAAGGGAUAAAAGUCCAUGUUGGAUUCCAAUUCAGCUAAUGCUUCCCAUUAUAAGUAGUUUUCUCACUAGCUGAAGAUGUUUUUUGCCAUUUAAUGUGUAAGUGUUCAAAAGUAUGAAUUAUUUUUCUAAGUAUGUUGACCGUUAUAUAGGGGAGAAGUGUUGACCAAACCGUUAUCAAAUAUACCACGGUGUCUUCCUAUCUGUAUAUGUGUUUAUCCAACCUAUUUGGUAUUUUGGACUAGUCCACUGAGAUACUCGGAUGGACUUUUCCACUCAUUAUUAGGUGGGGUGGAUGGACAUGCAAUCAUAACCGUUCGUUGUUGUUUUAAGCAGUUAUGAGAAUGCAUAAGCAUGAAUAGGCCUUAAUUUGUAAAAAAGUAUAAAAAAAAAAUAUCAAGAAAAAAAAAAUACAAAGAAAACUGUUUUUGCUUGUUCACUGUCACUUUGAUAUCCAAUGUUGCUAUGUGACUUUUCUGUUGAGAUUCCCAGCUACGGGUAGGGAGACUCGGUUUGCUGUUCUCCUAUUGUUUGGCCCUGUCUCACUACCCGGCCAAGCGGGCUUGUUACAAUUUUUACCUGUGUAGACGAUGCAUUACGUGGUAAGAAACAAACGGUGCUGAAGCCACCAAUAGUUUAAUCACCAAUUCCUGUUCGCGUUUUUUUUUGUUUUUUUUUAAUGAAAUGAAAAAAAAAAAUCACUCACCAAAAUCAUGCAUGCAUUGGAAAAGCCCGGUCUUUUAUUGAAAUUGAAAUGUAAUUUGUUUCAUUCUCAUUUUCACCGUUGUCAUAAAGUUCAUCCCAAUGUGUUUUUGCCUUAUGCAUUGUUGAAAAUGACCACUAUAUAUUCUGGUAUGUAUGUUGUAAAUGCGUUCAGCUUUUUUUUGUGUAUGCUUUAGGUGUACAGUAGCUGUCUGACUAUCCAGUUACCAUCACUGUUAACAUAAACUCAACAAAAAGCCACAAAAUUGAAUAACGGUAAAACAAACUUUGUUAUCUUCCCUUGUUAAAUUGUAGUGUUACCUUGUUAAAUAUCUAAUAUUAGUGCUAACAUUUGUCUCGUUUCCAGUGCCUGGGCUGGAAGAGUUAAAGUCCUCACAAAUUUCAAACAAUCUUUUAAAGAUGAAUUAAGGAAUUUUUACCUGAAUAUUACAACUGACUCUUGACUUUCCAAUGUGUCGUGAAAGUGUACUGCUACCUUAGAUAGAACAUUCCCCAUAGUUACAUGUCCUUGUUGCUAUAGUGAUGACAUCACAAUUCAUUAUCCAGACACAUUUAUGUGUGUUGGUAGAUUUUUUGUAUACACAAAUGCUCACUGUAUAAUCCCGAGAUUUUACAAGAAAUAUUUGCCUCAGUCGAUUUCAACCCCUUAUGUUUAUUGUAAUAAUUUAUUUUGCAAUUUGUUGAUCUUAGAACCACCUCAUUUGUUAUGUUUAGUUCCGCUGAAUUAUUCUUAAGUUAUCUCCCUUAGAUUCGUCUCGUAGGUAGAAUUUGAUGACUUCUCCUGUACAUAAAUUGUGAGAUGUCCAGCUCCUGGUCAAUACAGCGAGAUAACGUCCAGCUUUUGUUAGUAUUUAAUGUAAAAUGACCACUCGAAAUGAGUCUGUUGUAUAUCAGUUGCUAAUAUUAUUUACAGAAAGUGCCAUUAUUUAAAGUACGUAGUUGGUUCUACAUUGUUAUUGUUUGUGUACAUGUUGGUGAUCAGUGGGUUGCUGUCGUGGGUCCAUGUAUCGCUGAUAUUGUGUCUCUGUCCAUGUAUUCACUGAAGACGCCUGCAUGUAUGUGUAACCACCCAUGGAGCCAGUGUUUGUUUCUGUGAUCUAAGUCAAUAUAGUCCACAUUGAUUUCUAGAAUGUUUUAACUGAUUCGUUUGGUUGACUUGUCUGACUACAGGUGAAGCUAAAUGUUAAAACGUAAAGUCCUUAUUGGAUAUUUUUACAGACGUUAAAUCAUCAUCACACAUGUUGAGUCUGUGUUCCUCCCAUCCCUUGUUAAUCCAUCCCCCAUCACACUGAAGCAAUAUAUUGUUAUCCUCAUAUCUACAAUCAUGGGUGGAUGUUUCUUAGUGUUAGAAGUCCCAGGAUGUGCUCUGAUAUGGUAAGAUAACUCUAAUUACUCAGUUUUUCUGUUUCCCUGUAAAUUAUUUUUCAGUACAUGUAUCUAAAAAUAUUUUUUUCCUAUUUCCAUUAUCACCACGAUAUUACCUAAUGUGGUUUUAUACUCAUUGUUUUCAAGAUUAAAAAAAGGUUUGUUGAAGAGGAAAAAAAAAACAACAGCUGGAGACUUUUUACAUUAAGAAUGUUUUUGAAUGUUUAGUUAACCUGACUUGACUUGUCAUACCUGUGAAUAAUUGUAAUUUUGAUUCGAUAAUCUAUUUAAUUUAAUAGUAUUUAAUUUAAUAUUUUAAGUUACCAAUAAAAUUGAUGUUAUUUGGUAAAAAAAAAAUUCUAUGUAGAUUGUGAAUAGGCAUGUUAUGAGUGUUGAGAUUUUUUUAAUCAUCAUUGUGAAUGGCACUGGGCAUUGAAGAUUGUAUAUAGAUAAUGACUAGAAAAUUUUUGUACAUGGUAGAUGGAUUGCAUGUUGUAUAUUUUAUUAUUAACAAAAUUGUUAUUCUGGAGUGAUCUUUUUUGAAGGUCAGGUUUGACUUUGAGAGAGAUAUAUCUUUAAUGUGGAAAGGGAAAGGAAAUUUGACAGCCAUCAGUAAGAAGGCUUAAUCUGGACAAAUCACUGUCUUGUCCAUCUUUGUGAUGUUUCAUUUUGACUUGAGGCUUUUUUGUGGAUCUCAUAGAGAUGUGCAGCAAAGAAAAAAAUAAACUACCAGAGCUGCUAGGGCAGACACUGUUGAUUUAAAGUUAAAGUUUGGUUUGGUGCAGCAAAGUUGUGGGUUUGACAAAAAAAAACACUUUUUUUUAAAAAAAAUUGACAAAAAUAUAUUGUUGAUUGUUGAGUGAAAGGUCCAACAAGGUAGCUUUGUACCUAUAUUAUUUUUUGCAUGAUGAUAUGGAAUCAUUGAAUUUACAUAAAUGUUGCCUUUGAAAAUAUGUUGCAAUGUUUGUUUGCUUUUUUGGGUUUUUUAUGAGAAUUCCAGCUAGUUACUAAUGAUACAGAUAGAGAACAUAUGUGGUUUUCUUUAUUCAGAAUACUGGGAACAAAUGUUCCUUUGUAUGAAUGUUGUAUGUAUGUUAAUCUUUGAACAUGAUCUGCUUCACAUUCUCAAUUUGUGCUGUUAACGUAAGGGGCCUUGUUACCAUAGUUAUAUGAACAAUUCAUGGAAUUUAUUUUCCAAACCUGCCAAAAACAAGUUGGAUCUAAAUAUGAUGGUUAUCUUUAUGUCUUGUGCUUGUCUGAGGGACGUUACCACUGUAUAUCCAUAGAUAUAUAUUAUAUAUAUAAAACAAAAAUAUUUAGGUAGUUAUGAGUUGUUGUGUGAUCAUUGUCAAACAUUAAUAUUAAGUGUUGUUUUUUGGCUUCAUUCCAAUCUAACUUCAACAUAUGUUUUCUAAGAAAGGGAAAUACCAAGCAAAAACGGCUUAGGUUUUGUAGAGUUUUUCAGUUUAUUUUCUUUUGUUCCUGAUUUUGAUGGAAAGAAAUUUCAAGUACUUUUAAUGAUAUUAUUAUUUACUUUUUUGAAUCCUGAGGUUUUUUUUUUAAAAUCAUAACAAUAUGUCUGAAAUGGAGAAAAAGAAUCAAAUUUUAUAAUAGCACAAGCUAGCAUUGAAUGCAGAAAAUGUUGUUUGAAUUUUAUACCCCUUUUGUAGCAGAUACUUAGAUUAUGUUCAUUGAACUUCUUGGAAUGGAGGUGUAUAGUAAUACUCACAGAAGUGUUGACUUGCAAUUUGUUGGUUGUUAGAUUAAAAAUAUCAUUAAAAAACAAAAACAAGCAAUACCAUUCACUUAGAACAGGAGAUACAUGUAUAAUUGUAGACCAUAGCCUCAUAUUUUAUACUUAUUAUUGAAAACUUGUUUUUAGUUAGAAACAUUUUGAAUUGUUAACAAUUUAAAUGGACAAAUUCCCUCGGUGAUCAUUAGUUUGUUAUUGUGGGUGAAAUUUACUUUUUGAGCGACAGUUUUGAAAUUUUUUAAAACUUGAAUUUGUAAGUGAAUGUUCAGGCCAGUUAUGUAAAAGAGUUUACUCUUCAGAUCUUUAUAUUAAAUGGACACCUUUUCAAAUAAAAACAAUACUUAAUCCAUUGAAGGGUGUAACCCCACAAACCUGUAAUUGCUCACGGUGAAAGACAUUUGUCAAAAGAGUAGGAAACCUCGUGCGGACUUUGUGCCGAGACAAGUUUUGACCAAAAGAUGUUCAGACAAGUGUCGGCUUACAAACAUACCAAUCCUUAUAUUACAGUUGGUUAUUAUUAUUACUUAUUAUUAUUAUUAUUAUAUAUAUUUUUUUUCAUGUUGACCCGUAUUAAUCUGUUGUUCAAUUAUCACAAAUUAUCAAAUAUAGUGUCUGCUUUGUUUUUCUUUUCCUUUUUGUUUGUCUAACAAUGAAUUAAUAAAUAGUUUAGAAAGAAAAUGCAUGAAGUGAAUUAAACAAAAACAUAAAAACAAACAAAAAAAAACAAUUUUUUAUUGCCAAUGUAUUUAAUAUGUUAUAUAUCUGUUUGUAGAUUUUUCUUGAAUGUUAAGUUUUUACUGGUACUGUAUCCACAAUUUUGAAUUAUUCACAUUUUGUUAACUAGCAUUUAGAGUGAGUGCCAGCCAUGUUUUAAUGGAAGUGUUGUAUAAACGUUCACAUGAUCAGGAAUUUGUAGAUUGCCUUUGUUUUGCUUUUCUCCCUUGAUAAGUUUAAAACAACCCUUCAUUUCCUCACUUUCAGAUUCGACAUCAGAAUACUAAAUGCCCUUUGAUGAUCUUAGGGUCAGGCCUAAAAGCUUUUCAGUAGCUUGUGCUGAUGUCACUAAGAUGUCCUUCAGUCCAAGUCAGGAUAAUCUUUUGAGUAUCUUGUUUGAUGACCCUGUGACAAGGCCUAGUUACUCUGUAAGGCCCCUAGGCUAGGGUCUAGUUACUCUGUAGUAGCCUGAUUGAUGCCCUGGGGCGAGGUCUAGUUACUCUGUAGUAGCCUGAUUGAUGCCCCGGGGGCGAGGUCUAGUUACUCUGUAGUAGUCCUGAUUGAUGCCCCGGGGGCUAGGUCUAGUUACUCUGUAGUAGCCUGAUUGAUGCCCCGGGGCGAGGUCUAGUUACUAUGUAGUAGCCUGAUUGAUGCCCCGGGGGCUAGGUCUAGAUACUCUGUAGUAGCCUGAUUGAUGCCCCGGGGCGAUGUCUAGUUACUAUGUUGUAGCCUGAUUGAUGCCCCGGGGCGAGGUCUCGAUACUAUGUAGUGGCCUGAUUGAUGCUAGGUACAGUUACUCUAGAAUAGUCUGUUAGAUACUCCUGGGGCUUGGCCCAGUUACUCGACAGUAAUCUGUUUGGUGGCCCUGGGGGUAGGCCUAGUUAAGCAGUCUGAUAAGUGUUGAUGCUGUAGAGGAUCGUGUGUGGGGUGCCCCUUGUCUGUUGUGUGCCUUUGUCAUGGUAGUUUUAGAAACCUUUCCUCCCCACCCCAUAGAUAUGUAUACAUGUUCAACAUAUUAUACACGCCCAACGGUUCAGAAUUUUAAAAUUUGUAAUUUUAUGAUAGAAGAUAUUUAUUUGGAGGAAAUAUACUCUCUUUUUGUUAGGAAUCAAUGUUUAGAAAAUUCAAGGCAAAAACAAAUGUUUUUUGAAUCCUGAAAUUAUCUCAACAAAAAACAUGACGGGCAUGUUAUGCUCCCGAUUUGACAGUCUUACAUCCAAGUUCAGCCAGAUAAUCCCAAGUACUCUAUAGAACUACUUACUGUUGUCAUGGAAACAAGGUAGAGAAGAAAUAUUUUUCAUUGUACAAAUAAACAGUAAUAUAUAAACUGCUUAUAUCAUUAGCAUAUUUAGUCAUCUAUGAUAUUGAUUUUAUCUUUGUUAAGUUUUAUUAUUUAUUCAUAAUUUAAAUAAUACUUUUGUACAUACUUAUUUAGUCCAUCAGCGAUGUGUUGAUUCAUCUUCAGUCUCCUUAGGUUGGUUGCCCUCGGUAAUAAGCAUCUUUGUAUAAUACACACCAUCCAUUAUGUAUUCUACCAUGAUAUCGGUUAAAACAUACACACAUUUUUUUAGUUUUAUUUCUAUUUGAUCAAAAUUUCUUUUUUUUAAAUCCAUUUAAUGAAAGUGAUAGAUCUUUAAUUAACCAUUAGAUAAAUACUUCAGUAUUUUGUUAUGUGAAAUUCUCUUUGAAGCUAAUUCAGCAAAUUACGAUUCUCUUUUUGAUGAUGACAUUACCGAGUGUUGGGCCAUGUACAGUAGAAUCCCAGUUUCCAUGACAACUGAUCUUGUAGUUCUGGGGACAUUGAUCAAUCUAAUUCAGGGUAACAGUGCGAAGUUGUGAACAUACGAGGGUAUGUGAUGCGAGAUCUAGUCAGGAAGGAUAUGGGUCAAGGUCAAUGGUGUCCAUUUCACAUAGCUUGAGAACAUGUAAAUCGGAUGUGCCAGUCUUCAAUUAAAGACAACCUUAUAUCAAAAUGUUCAUUUAAUCUCAAUGUCUUGGGACAAAAAAGCAGGAUAGUAAUGAAAACUUGCACUUGUCCAGUUAAAUAAAAUAAAGGUCAUCAUGAGGCCUGGUACAGCUUGAGUGUUGUAACUUGGAUGUAAGACUAAUGAUCGACACAUGUACUUAGGGAACUGGUUGGUAGAGCAAUUAGUGUAUAAUAAUGUUGGUCAGAAAGUGCAUUUCUAUACAUGUCCUAUAUAUCAAUAGAUUGUAGUCUAUAUGUAGCCUUGUAGUCGUACUGUGGAAUUAUCGUCAUCACAACCAUUUCAACUCAACAAACUGAAUCCUUUCAAGUCCCACUAGUUCAGAAUAGUUUAAUCAUAAAAUGCCUAAUGUUUUCGUUCAUUUUUGUUAUGAUAUUCAAAAAAAAAAUUGUUAGAAAUUUUCAGUGCAACUUUUUUAACAGAAGUUUUUCUACGUGCAGCCAAGUAACGUUCCUUUUGUCAUGGAAAAAUAUCUGAACUUUGAUAUUAAUUCUUUCAAGGUUAGAGAUGUUUACUUAGAAAAUUGCCUUAAUCAUCUGGAGUGAAAAUCAUCUUAUAUUGGCCAUCUCGAGUUAGAGUGAUAACCCUGAAUCAAACUUGUUUGACCAAAGAGAGCAAUAUAACAUCAUUGUUAUUGGGCUCAUAUAAUCUUUCUUGAUGGUUUCAUAGAGGUGUGUCAUUGUAUUUUCAUUCAUUUUCCUAACCUAAUAAAAAUCAGUAGGAAUCCUGAUGCUUCCAUUUAUAAAUACUUAGUAGGUAAAUCUGCCAAAAUGUACUGCAUGUUAAUUCCGAGAAUGAAAUGAUAGAAUUAAGGAAGUUUUACUCUGUCACUUGGCUGCAUAUGUACUUAAAUAUAAUUCAUGAUAAAAAUUCAUAAAAGAAGAUAUCCAUUUAAUUAGAGAUAUUUGGCCAAUGCAUGUAAAGAACUUGCUGCUCUACCACGAGUUGUGACUAAUGUUCAAAUAAGUUGCCGUUUGUUCUGUUUUUCUUCCCUCGGCCAGUUUUAAUCAGGACAGAAAUGUUAUGUUGCUUUUUUAUAACAUUCCAAGGUUAAUCACACACAAACAAGUUGUUAGCAGCUAAUGUUCAAAACAUUGCAUAGUAAUUACUUAUUGAAACACAAAAAUCCCAUCUACUGCUAUUGUUUUUCACAAUGAUAAAAAUCUUGUUACUUAAAAUAAUUUUGAAAUUAAAAAAAAAAAAUCAUAAUCAAUAUACGGUGCUUUAGACUUAUUUUUCAGUGUGUGCGUGUGUUUAUAUAAAAGUUUUCAUAAAAAAAGUUUUUAAGAAAUGUUGCUCCUUAUGUUUUUGAAAUGAAAAGUAGAUGUAGAACUGAUAUGUUGUAUGGGAUAUGCUUUGUGACAAUAUUUUGGUAAAUUUUACUACAAUGACCCGUUAAAUGGUGCAGUAUAGAAUACCCAUGUUACAUUCGAACAGAGGUACACACCCUCCCAGCUGUUUACAGUCUACAAGAUAUCGCAGCGUAGUGUCAGCAUGACAUUUACCCUGGAGUGGCAUAUCGUAAUUAUGCAUGCGUAUAUGAAUACUUUUAUCUCGGUAGAAAAAUAAGAGGCUACAUGCAUAGUAUUUUUUGAGGGGGACUAUUUGAACCCCACCAUGCAAUAGGUAUAGCAGCCCUUUCUCUCUCCCAGGAACUGCAUGCCUACAAUUGGGUAUGGCCCCGAGUACAAUAUAAUUAGCCUUGAUCUCUAUGUUGGUUGAUGAACUGACGGUUCUGUGUUAACUUAUAUAUAUUUGACAAACUGUACAACGGUAAUUCAUUUUUAUUGUCUAUUCACACGUUUUGUUAUGAGUGUAAACUGAAUGGUAUUCAAUAAAGUAUUUUGUUUGCUUCCAAA